UUUUUUUUUUCUUUUUCUUUUAGCUUUUUCUUUAGCGUUACAAAAGAUGCUUUCAUCACGUCUCCUUUCACAAACUGCUCGUUCCACCGUCGGCUCCGCUCGCCAUGCUUUCAAACGAUACGCGUCCUCUGGCGCCUACAACGCAGCCGUUGCCAACUUAACGUCUGAACAGGAAGAACUCCGUGAAGCUGUCCACAGUUACGUCCAGGCCGAACUGGCUCCACGCGCUGCAGAAAUUGACAAGACCAACGAAUUCCCAAUGGAUAUGUGGAAGAAGUUCGGUACCAUGGGCUUGCUUGGAAUUACUGCACCUCAAGAAUAUGGCGGUUUGGGGUUGGGUUAUCUGGAACACACGUUUGUCAUGGAGGAAUUGUCGCGCGCCAGUGGAUCGGUGGCUCUGAGUUACGGUGCCCAUUCCAAUCUGUGUGUCAACCAAUUAGUCCGAAACGGUAACGAGGCACAAAAGCAAAAGUACUUGCCAAAGCUUAUUUCUGGCGACCAUGUCGGUGCCUUGGCCAUGUCAGAGCCUGGCUCUGGUUCAGAUGUCGUCAGCAUGAAACUCAAAGCGGAAAAGAAGGGUGAUCGGUAUAUCUUGAACGGCAACAAGAUGUGGAUUACCAACGGCCCGGAUGCCGAUGUUUUGAUUGUUUACGCCAAAACGAACCCAGAGCUUGGUCCUCAUGGUAUCACUGCCUUUUUGAUCGAAAAGAACUUUAACGGUUUCUCGACUGCACAAAAGCUGGACAAGCUCGGUAUGCGAGGUUCCAACACCUGUGAGCUUAUUUUCGAAAACUGUGAAGUUCCUGCCGAAAACGUGCUUGGUGCUGAAGGAAAGGGUGUUUAUGUCCUGAUGAGCGGUUUGGAUUUGGAACGGUUGGUCCUAUCUGGCGGUCCUUUGGGUCUUAUGCAAGCAGCUUUGGAUGUCACUGUGCCUUAUGUUCACGAACGUCAUCAAUUCGGCCGACCUAUUGGUGAAUUCCAGCUUCUCCAAGGCAAGCUUGCAGACAUGUACACUAAAUUAAACGCAUCCCGUGCAUACGUAUAUGCCGUUGGCCGUGCAUGUGAUAAUGGCAAUGUUAGCAACAAGGACUGUGCCGGUGCUAUCUUAUACUCUGCUGAACGUGCGACUGAAGUAGCCCUUGAUGCUAUCCAGUGCUUAGGCGGUAAUGGAUACACCAACGAGUACCCUACCGGCCGUAUCCUGCGUGAUGCCAAGCUGUAUGAAAUCGGUGCAGGCACAAGCGAAAUCCGUCGCAUGUUGAUCGGUCGUGAAUUCAAUAAGCUAUAUAGAAAGUAA